AUGUCAAAGACGGCCACGACCACCAUGGACCAGCAGGCCACCCAGGCGCUCGGCGCACACGAGUCGCUCCACUGCCCCGGCUUCGAGUCGUCCAAGGUCUUUGCCCUCUCGUCCCAGCUCCUCCGCAACCCGCCCCCCAACCUCCCCUCCCGCAAGCGCCUCGUACGCACCUUCCGCAGCAUUUACCUCUUCAUCAUCCACCCCUCCAGCCCGCUCGACCCAUCCAACCCGCGCUCCAAGCCCGUAGACGGCAAGGUAGAGACGUCCGGAGGCGCGCUCCGGCCCGCAAUGUGGUUCGUCGACCUCAAAAACAAGGGCUUCGUCGGAAAGGGACAGCCGCCCAAGACCGUCCUCGGCAGAAAGACAAAGGCAGACGUCGUCAUCGAGUGCAAGGACCGCGACUUUGUCGACAUGGCCACCGGAAAAGUCCACCCGCAGAGGCUCUACAACGACGGCAGGAUCAAGAUCCGCGGCAACCUCGACAACGCCCUCAAGAUUGCCACCCUCAUCUCGCACGAGCGCUCAAAAAUCUACGGCACGCCCGCGCCCGCCCCUCCCUCCGACGCUCGCGCCCCCACCGCCGCAGAGGACUUCCAGCGCGAAGGUCACUCCAGCGACGACUAUGGCGCCGGCAGCCCCGCUCCCGUCCCCAACCGCGCCAAGCUCUGA